AUGCCGAAGACCAAACCCACCCCUGAGGAGGAUUUAAUCAUACCACCGCAAGACCAAAAAAUAUGCGGGACAAUAUGCGUCUGCCAAAUGACUGCCGUCCUUAGUGCCGUGGCCAUUGUUUACUUGACAGUAGCCAUCUACAUGCCAUAUACUCGUGCUAUUGCAUCGGGAAUCGAUCCAACUCCAAUUAUGUGUACAACAACAAGGGCUGUCAACAAAGAAAACUGUGAUUGGGGCUCCUGCGGUGAAUGGUGUUUGAGUAAAACAUCUGGGGCUUGCAUUCAAAUUUAUGUUAACGUAAGGAACAAUGGAUCUUCGCUACUUUUAUCGGAAUGUGGAAGUGCUGCAAAUAAAACAUGUUAUGGGAUUGAUCAAGAAAACGCUAAGAAGUAUCACUGUAUAAGAGACGAGUGUAAAAAUUUAACGGGAACCUUUAAUUGCACUGAAGGAAAAUGUAUCAACAUAACAGAUGCCUUUGAGUGUGCCUUUCGGGACACUGAUCCACCAUUAAAGUGUUCAGGUAGAAGGGGCAAAAUAACGUGCAUAGAUGUCCAGGGACUUUUUUCGUGUAAUAGAGGCACAUGUAGAAAAAUACGAACGCCUUACAAUUGUGAUCGCCGAUGUGUUGACAUUCCGACUCGCAACAAAAACGUUAUAGUUUUAAGUGGCGAUAGAGUAUUCUUAGCAAGAUGUACGAAGCUUGCUAAAGAAGAUGGUGGUGAAAUAGUUUGGAAUGAUAAUGGGGAAGAAGUUAUAAUGUUAUCCUGUCAUGCCGUUCAUAAUGGUACCUCGGGAGUAGUUGCUGUCGAUUGUAUUAAUGCUGCCUUGCUACCUCGAACAGAAAUCUCUGAUUUAACUAAUUUUACAUAUUUACAAUACUUAUAUACAUUAAAAGCAACGCCUAAUAGAGUUAUAGCGCCGUCUGAAGUAGAACUCACUUUGGCUAACGAUAGUAGAUUGAUGAUCAAUUUAGAAGGUUGUGUAAACACCCUCGCUGACGAAUGUAAAGACUUUCUUAAGACCUAUGGAAGAGACGGAACUGACCACAACGCCAAGGCUAGAUUUCCAUGCUUCCAUACUCAGAAUAACCCAGAAACAGUGGUUGCAAGAUUUGACUUGGACGCCACCUAUCGUCAAUUUUUGAUAGCGCUAGUACUUCCAACAGUUCUAGUUGUAGUAUCGUGUAUAACUUUGAUGUUGUGUCAAAGGACGGUUGUAGUUGGUGAUGAUGCUAAAAUGCGUUUCAAGGCCUGCGGAGGUGGACAAUCCGAAAUGCAAAUGCAUCCGAAUGAUCCUGUUUCACCCCUCUGA